CAACAGGUUUUCUCAUUUGCUCCUUGGGACAGCUCUGUAAGGAUGAUACAGUCCGUUCUAUCUCACAGAUAAUCAAGCUCAGGCUUUCACAGCCUAAGUCACCUUCCCAGAAAAACAGGCCCGGCAUUACCUCUGCGCACAACCCUGUGGGCCUGGCUCAGGCGGGAGUGCGGGGCCAGCAACAUGAGCACCCUGGACAGCCCCGACCAGGCCUAUGACUUCCUGCUCAAGUUCCUGCUGGUGGGCGACAGCGACGUAGGCAAGAGUGAGAUCCUGGAGAGCCUGCAGGAUGGCGCGGCCGAGUCCCCAUACAGUCACCUGAGGGGGAUCGACUACAAGACGACCACCAUCGUGCUGGACGGUCAGCGGGUGAAGCUGAAGCUCUGGGAUACGUCGGGGCAGGGAAGAUUUUGUACCAUAUUCCGCUCCUACUCUCGUGGUGCACAAGGAGUGAUCCUGGUCUACGACAUUGCAAACCGCUGGUCUUUCGAGGGUAUGGAUCGAUGGAUUAAGAAGAUCGAUGAGCAUGCCCCUGGUGUCCCUAAAAUCCUGGUGGGGAAUCGCCUACAUCUGGCAUUCAAGAGGCAGGUGCCCAGGGAGCAGGCCCAGGCCUACGCUGAGCGCCUGGGCAUAACCUUCUUUGAGGUCAGCCCUCUGUGCAAUUUCAACAUCAUAGAGUCUUUCACGGAGCUGGCCAGGAUCGUGCUGCUGCGGCACAGGAUGAAUUGUUUCGGGAGGCCGAGCAAGGUACUGAGCUUGCAAGACCUCUGCUGCCGCACCAUCGUGUCCUGCACACCCCUAUACCUGGUGGACAAGCUCCCGCUCCCCAUUGCCUUAAGAAGCCACCUCAAGUCCUUCUCCAUGGCUAAGGGCCUGAAUGCCAGGAUGAUGCAAGGCCUCUCCUACUCCCUCACCACCAGCUCCACCCACAAAAGGAGCAGCCUCUGCAAAGUGGAGAUUGUCUGCCCACCCCAGAGCCCACCCAAAAACUGCACCAGAAACAACUGCAAAAUUUCUUAAGGAAGGCACCAAAAGGAAACAAGCUGGAAUCGCUCCAGGAAGAACUCUGGUUACACCUGGAAGACGGAAGUCGGAAGUCGCAUUCUAGAUUCAAGAAAUUAGUUUUCAGUUUCUCAAGGGAAUCAUGCUGCUUGGGAAUGGUGUGAUGCCUUCUGUCAAUAAAAACACAUUACGCAGUU